CUUCAACAUCUUGAAUCAUUUCCAAUCCGCCCUGGCAAUUGCUCCGAGUGAUCCCCAAAUUUCUGCUACAUGGCUCUACACUACCCACUUGCUGCACCGAAGAUGACUACCAAGAUCAUGGUCACUCAGCCGCCUCUCACACGCAACCAUGCCCCGUGCCGUCGUCGCCGCAUUCCGUUGACGGCCUUUACUCUCCUCACUGUGCCGGAAGAACCUACCUUGUCAACCUACCUGGAUAGCAAGGAGCGGGUUGACAUAAGUCUCAUGCAAAGAAUGGUGACGCAUGGCACAUGGUCAACUGAUAGUGUCAGCUUUGCUGGUGUCUCCUUCUCCAGCAGAGACUCCGUUUCCAACCUCACAGCAUCUAAAUUGCCUACAUUCUUGGAGGCAAAGUCUGAUCAGAAUAUGGAUUUGGAUCAGGAUUUCGACCUCGACCUCGAUCUCGACCUCGAGGUCAGUAUCGCCGCCAUAACUUUGACAGAAUGCCCACGAGCUGUCAAAAAGACGAUUGUUUGGUCUCGACAAUCAAGAUUCGCAGAGAAUGCUAGCCGAGAUCAUCGAUGAAGCCAGAUGCUGUUUUGCAGUUGACGUGAUGGCAGUAUGAGUGCCAAAUUUUUUGCCUAGAGAUGGCUGCGAGGAUGAUUAUUCAGGAACAGGCUUGAUUUUGGUUCUUCGUACUGGUCGUGUCUACCGCUAUGGCGCUGUGUGUCGCUUGUUCGUAAUGCAAGUUUUCCGGGAUCGAGGAUACGUGGGCGUCCUACAGGGGUAGAUUGAGACGGGGUUUUGUUUGUUUUAGCAGGCGUUGUGAUAUCUGUCAGUAGUGAGCACGAGUACCAAGUCAUGAUACCCACACACAAAUGAGAUGAG